UGCAGCGUAAAAAUAAACUCACUCACUCAAUCUUAAAACAUAUUGCAAAUACACUGCCAAAUGUAUUAAAAGUGUGCUAAAAAUAAGGUUAAAGUGGCUGGGUGACCGGGUGAGUGGAUUGAUAGUGGAGGUGUGAGUCGGGUGUGGGAGUGAGUUUGAGAGGCUUUAAGUGGAAGCUUUUACCAAUAUUCCAAUAGAGGGGAAACAAACAUCACAAGUUGUACGUUUGUGGGGAAGCAAACCAAGGCUAUAUAUUGAUGAGACAACGUUUCACCCAACUUAGCCACUCUGAAUUAACUAUAUGAACGAAUGCAAAUAUUUCUACUUGGACAUAUGCAUUCGUCUCCAAAAAUCCGCACUAACUAUUGUCAGCACUGAACAUACAAUUUGUGCAGAAAACAGUCAACCAAAUAAAAUGUCAUCUUUUGUAAAUGUGCAAAGCCAUCGAUGUUAUAUUGGUCCUUAUCAUAUAAACAUUUUCAGAAAUGAACCGUCCCACACGUAUUAAAUUGUCUAUCAAUCGAAACAAUGCAAUAGACAGUGUUGCAUUUAAGCAACACAUUUCCGUAUAGUGAUAUACAGCGAACAAGGCGCAACAUAUCCAAAGCAACACCUAUCCCAAACUGACUUACAGCUGCAGCCGGUUCAAACAAUGACGGUUACUUCCUGCAAAUGUGUGGCAGUAUUCACAUCAUAUUACUUAUUGUGAUGUGUCACAUUUAUUUUAGGAAAGUCAAAAUUCCCCCUUCAAUCACAUUUUCUGUUUCACAUAAUCCGCAUAAUCCCCGUUAAGCCAACCGCUGUUUUCCUACUUUCACAUUCUCUCUGGUACUGCCCAGUAUCCUUCCUGGUGUGUGACCAUUCCUGACUGUGUGUUCACUCUGAACAUCUUACUGUUGUAACAAAAGUCACAUAUUACCGACUACUGUGUGUCUCACGUCGCUGCUGCCAUCAGUUUCUCCGUGUUUGCUUCAUCCUUGUCCUACAUCAUCCAUCAUGGAAAUACCAGCCAAAUGUGUAGCAGCAACUGUGCUCCUGCUGAACAUAGCUGUUGGGAUCGGGGUUAUCUGUCUUGUCCUGUCAAGAGAGCACCAUGAACACAGGAAAACUUCAGAAAUACUCAAGCAACAAUUCAGUCGGAUCUACACUGAACACUUGAAGAAAUUCCAGGCCACGUUCACCAAUGCAGGAACAACAGACACAUCUGAAGACACUCCGAUUAGGAACUGGGUACCAUUCAUAGGACCAGGAAGACAACUGCUGUACAAUGGAAUGAAAUAUGAGAAUGGGAGCAUCAUAGUACCCGCCACUGGAGUGUACGUCGUAUAUAGCCAUGUCAAGUUUUACACAGAAAGGAAUCGUCAAGGUGAUUCUGAGUCUGACUUUCAUCACAAUAUAGCACGGUACAGUGCACUGAAGCAGGAGGAAGAAACAGUAUUGAGGGAUGUCAUCAGCGAGAACAAGAACAACAUCAUUGAUGGAGCAAGUCUUGAGUACUCCAGUGAUAUCCAUGGCUUGGUACAGCUGGAUGCUGGUGAUCAGCUGAUGGUCAAAGUCUCGGGGAUGAACCCACUGACACAUGACCGAGACUGGCAUUACGUUGGAGUGUAUUUGACUUGACAUAGGACCCGUGUGUCCGUGAACAUAGUUCAAACCUGUCAUACAUGCUCCUGAUGUUGUUUACGUAUAUUUUAUUCACGAAGAGAAGACGGAUUGGUGUACCAGCAUGUUUGCCUUAUCUGAAUACCCCAUACAUACGCAACAAAACACGAGACGAUAGCAUUUGCUUCAUGGUAGGAGAUCAAUCAGCUUUGAUGUAAUUUGGAAGCUUUUAGAAUUUGGCAAACCCUUCUCAAGCAAAAAUAAAAUCAUGGACUGAAUACAAUAGAUCUACAAUAUUUGUUGAAGAGUCACUCGUGUCUUGUUUAGAACAGAAUUCAAAUAAUUUGAUAUCGCAAUACCAAUCAUGUAUAGUUUGAUUAUGAUAGCAUCAUGUGGCAACAACUACAUGUAUACAGGUUUAUUAGUAUAAUAGCGUUUUCCUUGCAACAUUAUCACGACGUUAAUGAAAUUCAAUUUGAGAAAUAAUAAUAGGGGGUUUAAUAUUGAUCAAUUUCGAUUGAACAUCUGUUUUCUCAAAAUCCCCUGCAGUGUCCAAAACAUCAAGAUAAAGCAACCGAUUAUGGAAGCUCGUGCUUGAUGAUGUUUUCAUACACAUACUUAAGACACACAUCACACAAUUAAUAUACUUGGCUACAGAGAAAUUGAAACUGCCGGGGGCCUUCAUUCGGGAGUUUAAUGUCUACUCAAUAGCUUUUGAUCUACUUAACAGCUUUUGUAUGUAAAGCCUCAUUCGCGUAAAUUAGGACCUAACAGCGCCCACAAGCUGGACUCAGUCGAUUAUCAACCCGAUUGUCAAGAGUGAUACAGAUCUCCGUCAACCUUUGUCAUACCGUGGAAUAUCUCUCAUUUCCGUGCCAUGUAAAAUAUACUGUGAAAUCUUAAACCAACGCAUAUCAAAAUGGCUAGAUUCAAGUAACUUGCUCAGUAUCAGAUGCUCAGAAUGGUUUUAGGAAGGAAAGAAGCUGUUUCGACAACAUAUACUCUCUGUAUACCAUAUUGAAGUCGCGGCUCGAUUCUAAGUGUGGAAGUUUUACGUGUUUUAUUGAUUUAAAGAAAGCUUUCGACAACGUUGACAGGAACUGCUUCUUGUUGAAGCUACGGAAAGCUGGAAUUGGUGGGAAGAUAUUUGCCUCCAUACAGUCGCUGUAUAGGAACACUACCAGUACUGUUAGAGUUAAUAAACACCUUACUCCUUUUUUUACAGUAAACACAGGUGUGAAGCGAGGUUGCAUGAUGUCGCCAACUCUGUUUUCUCUCUACAAAAAUGACCUGGCUCAAGAGAUCGACGAGCUUAAUGAUGGUGUACCAGUUGAUGAUAUGUUUGUGUCAAUUUUACUAUAUGCUGAUGAUAUUGUUUUAAUCGCCCCAACAGAAGAAAAGCUUCAGAGAACGUUGAACAUUGUUACAAGUUGGUGUUACAAGUGGAGACUGUCAAUGAAUAUCAACAAAUCUAAGAUUGUGCAUUUCAGGAAAGAUGGGAUUUCUCGUUCAAAGUUUCAGUUUAACGGUUGUAAUAUGAGCCUUGACUACGUUGAUACUUACAAAUAUCUAGGACUAUGGUUCCAGGAACAUUUGAGUUUGAAAUAUGCAGUGAAGGAAAUUGCAAAGAGUGCAAGUAGAGCGCUAUCUCUCCUGAUUACAAAGUAUAAACAGUGUGGUGACAUGGCUUAUGAUGUCUACAGAAAACUGUACGAAUCUACUGUACAACCUAUACUGUUAUACUGUGCGCCUAUCUGGGGGAUGUACGGACACCGUGAAAUCAGCAGUAUACAGAAUAGAGCCUGUCGUUUUCUCCUUGGAGUGCCGCGUAAUACAUCCACUAUAGCUAUCCACUGUGAAAUGGGCUGGGCAACUUGUCUUACAAAGCAGAGGAUUGAAGCGUUCCGUUUUUAUAUCAAAUCAGCCAAACAGAUAACCAACAGAUUACCUAACAUACUUUUCCACUGGUCUAUAAAGAAAAGAGGAUCCUUUGCUUACACAGCACAGCAUCUCGGGAAAAAAACUGAAGUUGGACUCCAUUUUAACAUCUCUAGACCCUGUGAAGAUGACUAUUUUAUCAGUGAAAAGUGUUUUAAUGAAACUAGAUGAGGAAAUAUGGUUUACGGAAAUGUGGAACGACAAGAACAAAGUAAAUGGAAAUAAGCUUCGAACGUACAGAUUAUUCAAGAAAGAUAGACAUCCUGAGUUAUACCUACAAAUUAUCAACAGAGCUAAGAGAAGUAACCUGACCAAACUACGCUGCGGUAAUCUAAAAUUACGUAUAGAAACAGGUCGUUACAGCAAACCCCCCCCCCCUCUGUGUGAGAGAAUUUGUCCUUUCUGUAAUUGUGUGGAAGACGAGAUACAUUUCCUUUUGCACUGUUAUUUUUAUCAGGAUCUUAGAUAUCAUCUUAUAAAUGGAGAUUUUAAGCAUGAUAACAAUGUGUAUUUAUUAAGUAUUUUAAUGUCGUCAGACCCGCUAAUUUUAUCAACCACUGUGAAUAACAUGCUUAGAAGACGACUCCUAUUCCUGUAAAAAUGCUACUCAUUUAAACUACCUCUUGUAUUUUACUCUAAAACGAAAUAUACAUAGUUAUUAAAUUGUGUAUGGUGUCCCAUAAGCCUUAUUGGCUGGGUGAACGAUAUUUUAUUAUAUAUAUUGUGUAUUUUAUUUCAUGUAAUCGUUCACGUGACACCUUAAUAAACUAUAUCUGUCUGUC